UGAUGGUGAACCUGAUUCGUAACUUAACAUAUACCUCCUGAUGCAUGACACUCUUAAGAAAAUCGGCAAUCUCUUGAAAUUGAUAUAAUAAUGGCCACAGCAUUAUUGUUCCAUGACAAAAGAAAAAGGCCCACUCUUUACUGAUUGAAUCGGAACAUUUAACUGAUUACUGGUAAAAAUUAGGUAUAUGUAUAUCUUGCUUAAUUCCAACAAAAAAAAAAAUCACUUGAUUUGUUCCAAAAAAAAAAUAGCGGCAUUGUCCGUUAGCUAGCAAAAGCACACAUUGAAACAAGAAUAUAUUUGGUACUAGAGAUGUUUUAGUGCAUUAGCAUUCUACUCUCUGUAUAGUUAUAUCCCAAUUCCCUGCAGCUGCUACUUCAACCAAGCUUGCAGUCCAUAGGAUUCGUGUGUCGCAGCCAUUUUUGUUUGGCAAUUAUAUAUGGAGGUAGGUAAUCAAACCCUCAUUAAGCCCCACGUAGCAGUCCUGCCAAGUGUUGGCCUAGGCCAUCUCAUUCCCCUCUUUGAGUUCGCUAAGCGCCUGGUGGUUCACCAUGGCAUCCGUGUCAGCUUACUCGUCAUUACCACCAAUGAACCCUCAGCUGCAAAAGAUCAAUUCCUUUGCUCUCCUAACUUCCCUCCUGACCUCCACAUCGUCAAACUUCCUCCAGUUGAUGUUGAUCAAGUGCCCAGGGAUGACAAGCUCAUCCUAACCCGGCUCUGUGUCAUUACAGAAGAGAGCCUUCGGUUCCUGAAGUCGGUCCUUGUUGCCUUAGGUAAACCAAAAGCUCUUGUUACGGACUUAUUCAGUACACGAGCUUUUGAUGUUUGCAAUGAAUUGUCAAUCCCUGCCUACUUAUUUUCUACUACAUCUGUAGCGUUCUCUGCCUUCAUGCUAUAUCUGCCAAAGCUUGACAGUGAAGUUGAGUGUGAAUUUGUUGAACUUCCUGAACCGAUUCAGGUCCCAGGUUGUACUCCUGUACGGAUCGAAGACCUGGUAGACCAGGCUCGGAACAGGAAGAUUGACGAGUACAAAUGGUUCUUCCAUCAUAUAAGUCGGCUGCCAUUAGCCUCUGGGAUAUUUCUCAAUUCUUGGGAGGAUCUUGAACCUGGGUCAAUCAAUUCUAUAGAAGAAAAUCCCUUCUUCAAGCAGAUACCAGCACCUCCUGUUUACCCGAUUGGACCCUUGAUCAAACAAGAAGAAACAUUAAGCACAGCAGAUUUUGAGUGUCUGGAGUGGCUGGACAAGCAACCACCUGAUUCAGUUAUCUUUAUGUCGUUUGGCAGUGGUGGGACUUUGUCAGUGGAGCAGCAGACUGAGUUGGCUUGGGGUCUAGAACUGAGCCAACAAAGAUUCAUAUGGGUAGUAAGGAAGCCAACGGAUGCUGCUGGUGCAGGUACAUUUUUCAACUCAGGGAGUGAAGUGAAUGACCCCAAAGCUUAUUUGCCUGAAGGGUUCUUGAACAGGACUCAAGGUGUGGGAUUAGUGGUGCCAUCAUGGGCUCCACAAGUUUCCAUACUUGGUCAUCCUUCUACAGGCGGAUUCCUAUCUCACUGCGGAUGGAACUCAUCGCUGGAAAGCAUAGCUCACGGCGUGCCAAUGAUCGCAUGGCCUCUUUAUGCUGAGCAAAGAAUGAACGCGGCAUUGCUAGUGGAGGAAAUUGGAGUUGCUGUUAGGCUAAAAGUGGAGGUAGGGCAGACAAUUUUUGGACGAGAAGAGAUAGAAAGAGUGGUGAGGAUGGUGAUGGAGGGUGAAGAAGGGAAGGUUAUUAGGAGUAGGGUUAAAGAACUGAAAGAAAGUGCUGCCAAUGCACUGGGUUCUAAUGGCUCCUCUUAUUAUAUGCUUUCUUCUGUGGCCCAGAAAUGGAAGACUGACCUUAGUCUAUGAAGCCAUUAUAGUUU